AUGACAGCAGAGCUCACAAGUAAGCAAAAAGAGCGUGAGAGGGAUCGCGCAAAGAGGACGAAAGAUGGGGUCACUCAACUACCGCGCAAAAAGUUCUAUCGCCAAAGAGCGCACGCAAAUCCUUUCUCUGACCAUAUGCUAGAAUACCCCGAAUCACCAGAUGAUAUGGAUUGGUCCUCAUAUUUUCCACACUAUGUCCAGGAGGGAACGCCAGAGGAUCCCUCAAAGCCUCCUAAACUGACAAAAGAUGUGGAAAUUGUCGAUAUUGGCUGUGGAUUUGGAGGUCUUCUCGUUGCUUUAGCACCCAAGUUACCCGAUACUCUCACACUAGGCCUGGAAAUCCGUACACAAGUAGCAGGCUACGUUCAAGAGCGUAUAAAGGCAUUGCGAUCACAAAAUUCAGACAACAUGUAUCAGAACGUGGGCUGCAUCCGAGCAAACACUAUGAAGUUCCUCCCAAAUUUCUUCAAGAAGGCUCAACUAUCCAAGAUCUUCAUCUGCUUCCCUGAUCCUCACUUCAAGGCCAGGAAGCACAAGGCCAGAAUUGUAUCGACGACGUUGAACUCUGAGUACGCUUACGCGCUACGACCAGGAGGUAUUGUGUAUACCAUCACCGAUGUCGAGGACUUGCACUUGUGGAUGGUUCAGCACCUUGAGGCUCAUCCUGCUUUCGAGAGGAUCUCGAAAGAGGAAGAAGAGGCGGAUGAAUGUGUCCAGGUCAUGUCGACUGAGACUGAGGAGAGUAAGAAGGUUACGAGAAAUAACGGACAGAAGUUUGUAGCGUUGUUCCGGAGCACCACCAACUUCACCACUUACAUCCAAUCCAUCUUCGUUCAAGAAUGUGGCUUUGAGGUCAACAUCCUGGUGAUGGCCCUCAAGCGUAGAGAUGUCAUUGUUGCUGGACUCGCCGCCUUCAUAGCCUGGGGCUUUGCUGCCAGCUGGUCACCUGUCCUCCGCUGGGCAGGCCAUGCCUUUGUUGCUGGCUCUCUUGUCACCCUCGUCGCCCUCUUAGCCGGUCUCUUUCUCGUAUCACGACGGCCAAGCGAUCGAAUACUACAACCACACGGCGUUACUUUCCUCGAUAAGAAGUCAUGGCGACUAGAGGUGCAGGCACUGCGCCAGCGACAAUCAUAUACUCCGACUCCAAUAGACCCCGAAUCACCCCGCGUUUCCGAAGCUAUCGACAACUUACUUGGCCUUAUAAUCCGGGACUUUGUGAAUAGCUGGUACUCGAAUAUUAGUCGCAACCCGUCCUUUUCGAACCAAGUCGAUCAAGCGGUGCGACAGGCGUUGCUGAGCUUGACUGAUUUCCUUCGUCAUAAGGAUCUGGCGGAGCUCGUCACUAGCCGUCUUGUUCCUCUCCUCACCGCCCACUUUCGAGACUUCUACGAAGCGGAGAAAUCUGUACGGGGAAAGAAACUAAAUCGUUCUGUAACUGAGUCCGAAGAGCUGGACCUAGCUAUUGCUUCAAAAUUUCGUGAUGGACGCCUACAUCCAGCUGCUUCUUUGUCGUUUCCCGACACAAAGAUGGUCCAGCAGGACUAUCUUAGGUCUCUUGUCGCAAAGGUUGUACCCCAAAUACUGCCUGAGAACAUGUUUUCCAGUCGAGCUGUAUCGAUUAUUAUUCGCGAAAUUGUCGCUUGCGCCGUUCUGUUCCCUGUGAUUCAACUUCUCUCUGAGCCCGACACUUGGAAUCAACUGAUGGAGAACAUGGGCCGCUCAAUGCUUCAGGAUCGAUCAACCGUGAGAAAGCUCCGAGCAGCUUUGGAUCAGCAUGCUCCUUCGACGCCCAAAGCCAGCAAAUUAGCUUCCAUGCCCAGAGUCGCUCCUGGAGACAGUGAGCGCAAGUUCGAGAAGUUUAUCCGUGCUAUUCGCAAGGUCAAUAACCUAUCAGACGCACGUCGUUUUCGUAGCGAAGUCGCUAGUCAACUCAAGAGGGAUUCUCUUGAAGACAAUCAAGACCAGGUUUAUCUUCGUCGGUUGGAGAUGGGAAAGAGGCUGCUAGACCAACGGGUUAAUCAUCUUGCUGCUGGUGGCGAACGUCGUCCACCUGGUCUCUUGCCAUUGCCAUCGACUUCUUCUUCGCAGUCCAAGCUAGAGAGUGCACCACUAGUAGAUAUUCUGCGAGAUUCUUCAGCGCUUUCUUACUUUAUGGAAUACAUGGAUCGACAAAAUCUCAUGCCUCUGGUGCAGUUCUGGCUUGUCGUUGACGGAUUUCGAAACCCUCUAGAAGAUGAUGGCCCAGAUGACGAGCUGCCGUCAACCCUGCCAAUGUGGACUGAUGCCGACCGCCAGGAUUUACAACAGAUUAACCAGGCCUAUCUUUCGAGGCCAGAGUUAAAGGUCCCGGAUCAUUCGAGGAAUGAAGUCAAGGAGUUCAUCAAGGCAGGAAAGUCAGCCACCCCGUUACAAUACUAUCGAGCGCGACGGGCUAUCUUGAAGGCCCAGAGCGCCGUCCUAGAGGAAAUGCGGUCGCGCUUCUUUCAAAGUUUCAAGAAGUCGGACCUCUUUUACAAAUGUCUUGCAGCUGAAGAAGCAGCCAAUAUUCAGACUCUCAGAUCGACACCACAGCCAGAAGCACAAGCACAGGCACAAGCACAAGCACAGGUAUCAGCUGCCAACCGAGCGAUCAAGACUUUGCCAGCAAAGCCAAGACCAGUAUCGCGGCUGACACCUCAAUUAUCAAAUGCUGGGAAACGUACAGGAUCCGCGUCAGAUCUUAAGUCUUUGACCUCCAACGGCAAUGGACAUGGACAUCGAGCUAGGCGCUCAUUAGACGAAGGCUCUUUGAAUCCUCUAUUCGAUGACGAUGACAUUGAUACCGAUGGACUAGGGGAUUCUGUGCAGAGUCUAGAUCCAGAUGCGAACAGCCAGCAAGUACCAGAUACCCAAGUUGUCAAGGCAGUUGAACAGGCCUUUACCGAUAUUAUGGAGGAUGAUCGUCCUCAAACUGCUGAAGCUCUUCGUGCCUCCCUUUUCGGCGGCCCUGGCGGUAGCAGUAUUGGUGGUAUUGAUGAUAAUGCAUCAAGUCUCUUCUCAGGCAAUGAUACCGAAUCACAUCGUGGUUCUCUGGAUAUGGGUGUUCGACCUGCCAUGGCGAACAAGGAAGGCGAGAAACCAAGCCUUUCGUCACUUGGUCUCGUCAGUGCGGCUUCUCGAAUCGGUGUUUUUGUGGAUGACGAUCUAUUUGGCGAUAAUAACAAAGAUCUUCCUGACGACGGUGAUCCAGAUGAUGGGCCACUACCUGACGACGAGGAUGAAGUGCAUGAAGCAGCGCCAGGAGACCUUGGACUGGCAGAAGCCAUCACUGCUCUUUCAAACGAUAUCGAUCGCUUGGUGGCGCAGGAAGCGGUUGUGGAAUCGUUGACGCGAAAGGCAGAGUUGACAAACAAUACUGCCGAGCUGCGCAUUCUUAGGAAGUCCAAAGCGUCUCUACAAAGGGAGAUCAGGCGCAAGGAGCUCCAACGGCAGCAGUACGUGAUCCAGGAGAGCGACAACAGUCUCUACGGCCGCUCAACCAUCAAAAUCAAGUCCAUUCAAGUGGGAAGAGAGGAAGAUGGUCGAGAGUUUGCGCUCUACGUCAUUGAAGUCCAGAGAAAUGCUGGAGAGCAGAUGCCUGCGGCGUCAUGGGUGAUUUCGCGGCGAUACAGCGAGUUCCACGAACUUCACCAAAAGCUGCGGUCCCGAUACCCUUCAGUUCGGAAUCUUGACUUUCCUCGGCGGCGCAUGGUGAUGAAAUUCCAGAGCGAGUUUUUACGCAAAAGACGAACUGCCCUGGAGCAGUAUCUACAAGACCUACUUCUCUUGCCAGAAGUUUGCCGCAGUCGAGAACUCAGAGCCUUCCUUUCUCAAAGCGUAAUCACACAAGGCCAAGAUAUCUUGGAUCGCGAAGACAAGAAAGACAUGAUGACUCGGUUGUAUGAUUCUGUUGCAGACGGAAUGGAUGACAUCCUUGGAAAUAUUCCCGUCUUGGACCAGAUAUCUGAAGCUGGCCAGAAUCUCAUUGCAGCGGCUACUAACCAGCUCAACGCGGUUCCUCUUAAUGUUAACGAAGAUACGUUUCCAGCCGCUGAAGCUGAGGCAGAGUUGAAUGCAUUUGAGAAUAAGGAACUUGAACCGUUCAUCAAACCGAUCUGCGACAUCUUUCUUGAGAUUUUUGAGCUCAACAAGGGAAACAAUUGGCUCCGUGGCAGAGCUGUAGUAGUUGUUCUGCAACAACUUCUUGGUGGUACGAUUGAGAGAAAAGUGCGAGACAAUGUCAAGAUGCUUGUUCAAGACGAAAACAUUCUCAAAUACAUUGGAUUGGUGCAGGACAGUCUGUGGCCUGGAGGCCAGUUACAACGAGAUCGCAAGCCGCGAACAGCUGCCGAAAAGAAAAAGACACGAACCGAAGCGAGCUUGAUGCUGGCCACAUUGGUGCCAGAUCUUGCAGGUAGUGUUGUUGGAAGAGUUAAUGCUCAAACAGCCAGUCGUCGUAUCUUUGCAACGUUGAACAACUCAAGGUUGAAUGCACACCUCGUAUUUACUAUGAUUGAUGAAAUUGUCUCGGUCCUUUUCGAGGAACCCCACCCGGCUGUACUUGGGAAACCUCCCUCGCAAUGGUCCGGACUCAUCGCCCUGACGCUCUCAGUCAAACCACUGACCUGCUGCCCAACAGCUACCAAAUCCGAUGUCGAGGCUCACUUCGCGACUCAUGGUACCGGAGAAAUCACCGAGGUGAAGCUCAUGAAUGGCUUCGGUUUCAUCGAGUACAAGGACCCCAUGGAUGCCCGUGAUGUUGUACCGGAUGGCUCUGAUUUUAUGGGAGAACGACUCACUGUCCAGUUCGCCCGCGGUUCCCGGCAUCGCGAGGGCGGUUUUGGCAACCAUGAGCGCACCGCGCCACGGCCUCGUCGAACCCCUCACCGAAUGCAGAUUACGGGACUUCCAAACGAUACCUCUUGGCAGGAUCUUAAAGACUUUGCGCGCCAGUCUAGCUUGGACGUUGUCUAUUCUGAAACUGGUCGCGACUCGAACGGCCGAGGUUUCGUUGAAUUCGAGAGUGCAGCAGACCUUAGAACGGCUGUUGAGAAGCUCGACGGUCGUGAAUUCAAGGGCCAGCGAGUCCAAUGCGUUGCUGACACUCAGCCGGAUAUGCCUCCUCGCGAGCGCGGUCGAUCCCGCUCCCCAGGACGUCGACCUUAUCCUCCUCCCGUGGACGACUACGAUCGGCGUGGCCCUCCCCGCGGAUAUAGUCCACGCGGUGGUGGUUACGGUUACCGAGAUCGUAGUCCUCGUCGCGAUUACUAUGAUGAUCGCGCCCGUUAUCGAUCUCCUCCUCGCCGUCCCAUGGAAGACUAUCCUCCCCCUCCCCCUCGCGGCCGCUACGAUGAUCCCUACCGCCGCGACUACCCUCCCCCGCCCGACCCCUAUGCCAAUGGGCGACCUCCUUAUGACCGACCUCCUCGAGAUUUCCCUCCACGAGAGGGCGGAUACCCAAGAGAUGGUGGUUAUCCCCGAGACUAUGAUCGUGGUGGACGCUACUGGUAA